UAUGCUGAAAUUAAUAGCUUUACAAACUUAAAUAAUUUAAUUGCAGAAACUGAAACUGAUGAGUUGUGCACCAUCCUAAAAAAAAUCGGAUUGGGCCAUUACACAAAGAUUUUUGAGGAAAAUAUGAUUGGCAUCAAUGAAGUGGAGGAGAUGACAGACGAAGACUUCAUUAAACUUGGAAUUGUUUCUAUCGGAAUAAGAUUGAAAAUUAAGCAAGCUUGUCGGAAUCACAAGAAAGUGAGUGAUGCGCCAAUGAGUUGCAUCAAGACAUUUCUUGAACUCCAAAAGCAGAGGAAGACUGGCAGAACCAAAAGCCCGAAAAAGGAUCAGAAAACAAAGUUAACACGAAGACUUUAUGUUGGCUGGAAACAUUCAAUAAGGGCAGGAGUAUACAAACUGAUCUCUGCAAGCAAAGGGGGAGGUCAACAGAUCGUGGAUUUUAACAAAGACUUGACUUUGAAUCAGUUAAUAAGUGAAAUCACCGAUAUUUUUUUUCCAAAUGGCAUGUCUGAGGCCCAGGAUUUGAGACUAGAUGCCUUAGAUGUGCAUCUGGCAUCCUUUUCUGGUUCUCCAAUUCAAGAGACAGACGGGAAUGGGGAGUCUUUUACAGUUGGAAAUUACUUCAGAAAGAUGAAAUCAACCCCUGUGCGAAUUUACUUACACACAGAGUUGAAAAGUUUCAAAAGGCCAACCAAUGGUGAAGCAAGCUGCGGGGUGAUAACUGCUUUAGAAUCCGAUGAAGAAGAUACAGGAACCCCAACUGUCACAUUCCCCCGACUUAAACGAAGGAGACUGAACAUUAUUGAGGGCUUAAGUUCAGAAGAUAGACCCUCAACAUCAACAUCAGCUGCUUUGGAUUUGCCGGACAUUCAUGUUGAUGCUCUUCCUUCAAAUCAUGCGGCUGCAAAUACUCACUGCCCGACAGAACAUGAACCAAUCAUUAUCCUUCAUGAACCUGGACUUUCGGAAUUCGAUCAUGAACUUGAAAUGGCUAUAAGAGAGAGUUUGGAAAGUUCCGAACCAGAGCCAUCUUUAGAAGGAAUAUUGAAAUGGUGGGUAGCUAGAAGUCACUUAAAGGAUGGGGCACCAGUUUCAGUGGUAGUACACAGAGGAAAGCUUUUACAGAGUACAUUUAGAGCAGUAUCAAGGCCAAAUUUCAACUUCCUCUUGCCUUUUCAUGUUAGUUUCAGUGGAGAGAUUGGAGAUGAUUUAGGUGGUCCAAAAAGAGAAUUCUUCAGAGAAUUGAUGAAGGCAAUUAAAGAGGCUAUAUUAGAGGGACCCGACAGCAACAAGGUCUUCAGACAUGAUAUCAGUCUUCUUCACAAAAAAACCUACGAAACCUGUGGUACCCUUGUGGCCUGGAGUAUACUUAAUGGUGGGCCAGGAUUGCCAGUUUUCAAUACUGAUUUAUUUUCUUUAAUGACUGGUGGAGACAUUGACGUUCAAGAUUUUACAAGUGUUGUAGACUCAGAUGUCAGAGCUAUUUUUCUUCAGAUUCAAGAGGCAACAACAGAGGAACAAUUUGAAGAGGCAUUAUCCAAAAACAGCGAUUGGCUUCUAAAUCAAGGCCUUGCACCAUACAAUCUGAAGAUUGAUAGAAAGGAUGAACUGUUGAAAAUCUUGUUCAAAAAUGAAAUAUAUUUCAGGGUACACAGUGAAAUUUCCCAGUUUAUCGAUGGUCUAAAUAGAGUUGGGAACUUUCAUACCUCUGCAAUUUUGAGGGCAGCUAAAGAAUUCAAGACUUUGUUCACCCCCAAUCCAGUUAACCAUCUGACAUUUAGUGGGCUUAGACAAAUGUACAAAAUAGAAUUUAGCCCAGUGGGUUCCAACCAUCGGCAACAAGAAGAUGAAGCAAUUUAUUGCUUCGAAUCCUUUUGCUCCGACUGUGAAGCUGGCAUUCUUGAAGUUUCCUUGGAGGAUCUAUUAGCAUUUUGGACUGGAGCAUCUGAAGUGCCUCCAUUGGGAUUCGAUCAUAAACUUCGAAUCACCUUCAAUGAGAACUCUCAAUACCUUCUACCAAUAGCUCAUACGUGCACCCUGGUAAUUAGGUUGUGGAGAGGUUAUAAUGACCCUGAUCAGUUCAGAUGCGACAUGAUUAAAGCCAUCACAUGGACAGGGGGGUUUCACCUAGCUUAAAGCCUUGGGACCCUUUAUCAAACCCUCUGCAGCUUUUUAUACCCCCAUUCCGAAGGAGAAUUGGGGGUAUACUGUUUUACCCUUGUGUGUCUGUUUGUCUGUCUGUCCAUCCGUGACAAAUAUUUCUGUCACAUUUUUCUCAGCAACUAUUAAUUGUAGGUGCGUGAAAUUUUAAGACACCAUUUGUUUAGGCAUGCCAUAUGGUAAGAUACAUUUUUGUACCAAUCGGACAUCAACUUCCUGUUAAAUGACAAUUUUAUUUAAUUUUAGCUUAGAUUUUUAAACAAUUUUUCGUCAAAGAUUUCUCAGCAACUAUUUAUUGCAGAUGCUUGAAAUUAUAACACACUAUUUGUUUAGGAAUAUCAUAUUGUAGGAUAUAAUUAUUGUUCCAAUCGGAUGUCAACUUCUGUUAAAUGACGAUUUUUGUUUAUUUUGCAUAUUCACAUCAGAGCAGGGGUUAUCACUAGUGAUUAUUGACUGAUCACAGAUAUCUUGUUUUUGUUGACCCAGUUUUUGAGUUGAUCUCUUAGUUAAGAGUUUAAAGCUGCUCUACAGUAACUGUUGUUUUUGGUUUUAGGAAAGGCAAGUUUGAUUUUCAUUUUGAUUAGGUAAAUGAUACUUUCACUCCUAAUGGGGUAUACAUUUUCACCUUGUGUGUCUGUCCAUUACAAAUUUUAGUUUGCUUUUCUGACAUAUCUGAACUUUGAACAUGAUCUUUGUUUUAACAUGACAUGAUGUAUGGUUAGCUUCAUUUUUGUACAAAGUCAAUUUCAUAUGUUAUUUAGGCUAAUGGUGACCAUUCUUUUUAGAAGCAGGGACAUCAUAAUAAGCACAGACUUGCAGAUUUCUUCUUCUUGUUUUUUUUUUUACAACGAACUCAACAUUUUCAAAUUCAAAAACAAAAAUUUGUAUUUGUAAAAUCUGAAAGAGUAGUUGUUAACUUACCCGGCGUUUGCAUCCUAAUUUUUGUAUGUUCAACUUAGAGAUGUCACAUACUGAAUUCAUAAAGGAAUCAGUUAUAAGAUACGGUAUUUGCAAAUAUAAUUAAGAUUCAAUUUUUCAUUAAAUUAUGACUGAAGAAUUUUUUGAAACUAUGCAAGUACAUUUUCUGUUAAAAUGAUUUUCAGUUGUCAAUCAUAUCCUUAUAUAGUGCACUGUAUUGAUUUUGUUGAAAGUAUAAUGAUUCAACACAAUUAUUUGAUUUUAAAACUAGAAUUAUUGUUUUAUUAGUUGUUAUUGUGUUAAUUUGGUUUCCUCUUCUUUUUAAAUAUGUUCUAUUGAAACUUUUAUAACUAAAGUUUUUUUUAAACUAAAUUUUAUGUGAAAGAACACUUGAUUAAAUAUUUCUUUUCCUUUUUUUACACUAAAGCUAAAUCUUCAUACUGAAUAAAAUGCAAUAUGAUAUAAUGCAUGCUUGACAUGUUCAAAAUCUUUUUGAAGUUAUAUUCAUAGUUGAUUGUAAACAAUUUGGUAUCUGCUUGUGAAUGAAAAUAAUAGAAUAUUUUUUUAGUUAAAGUAUAGAGCAAUUGGGAGUAUUUAAAAGAAAUUUAUAUACUGUACAUGUUUUCAUAAAUUCAUUUCAUACAUCAUACAUAAAAGACGCAGUAACACAUGGAAACAGAUAAAUUCAGGUGAUUUUAAUUUUUUCAUUAUGAACUAUAUAUGCAAAAUAAAUGUGAAAAUUAUACACUCA